UCUACCAUACUAUGUCCAUUAUUUGAAAUAUUAGGAAUUUGAAUUACAGGCUUUAAACAUCACUUUUUGAUACUAGUUGGUUGAUGCAUGAAAUUUGUUCUAUAAAAAUGCCUUUGUAAUAGCUGUAGUGUUUAAAAUAUAUUGCAUCAGAACGAGAUACCCACAUACAAGAUGGUGUCUGCUGCUCUCCUUGGCAGUACAGAUAGGGACUAAAUAUCUGACCCUGCUUAUUCUUCAAGUUCUGUAACUUAACAUUUGGUCUGUCUUGAAACUGUCUGUGCCUGUCCUUCGCUUUCAUGUGCCAGUAGAAAGCAAAACCUGGCGUCUGUACUGUUUGUAUGUGGUAGGCACAGUACAGCCAGUGCUUUGAGCUCUCAAAGCAGGUUUCUUUCACACAGCCCACAGAAGCAUUACUGAGUUACAGAACGGUGUUUCAGGCUUGCAGAUGCCUUUUGCAGACUACUAGACACAUUGGUGUCUUCCUUAGCAGUAGACUUUGCAUUCUUGACUGGAUGCCAGGGGUUCUCCUACAGCUGAGCUUCCUCUGGCUUACAGUAAGAUACCUGAUCAGCUCACAUGAACUGCAGGUAUCUUCUCGGAGUAAGUGAAGAGAAAUACAUGUCAGGGGAGGGAUUUGAGCAAUUUAUAAACUCUGUCUCUAAACGAGAUGAGUCAUCCUGGGAUGUGCUUCCUCUGCACAUCAGUUUGUGCAAAGGUCGGGCUUAGGCAUCUAACAUCUGAACACCCAAAUGAGCACAAAUGUUUUUAUGUGAGAACCACAUGAGGACUACCACUGUUGUACCUGAGCUUCUGAACUCCUUCCAGCUCCUACUGGUAGCAUUGAUUUUCAUGAAAGAGGAAAGAACCAUAAAGAAAAUGUGGCAAAGAGAAUUAGUGAGAUUAAGAAGAAAAGCUUGGAAAAGGCAAAAGAAGAAGAAAACAUGUCAAAAGAAUUUGCAGCAAUGGAGGAGGCUGCAAUGAAAGCAUAUCAAGAGGAUAUGAAAAGGCUUGGAAUUAAGCCAGACAAUGUAGGUUCCAGUUCAACACAGAGUAAAACGCAGAGUAACACAGUGGAAACUAAAGCAAAGAAGGAAAAAAAAGAGAAAAAGGAAAAGAAAGAAAAGAAAAAAAAGACAUCUCAGGAUGCCUCAAUGCCAUCAAAACUUGAAACGAAGGAGUGGGUGCAAGGAUUAUCUCCUGAAGGCUACACAUACUACUACAACACAAAAACUGGAGAAUCACAGUGGGAAAAACCUAAAGGAUUCCAAGGCAACUCUCAAAACUCACAAACGGGAGCAGAGUGGGUGGAAGGUGUUACUGAAGAUGGUCAUACCUAUUACUAUAACACACAAACUGGAGUAUCCACAUGGGAGAAACCGGAUGGUUUUGUUUCAUCUUCAAAUGAGAAGGGUCAACAUGACAAACCUGCAGAAACAGCAUCUGAAUCAGACUCAGAAGAUAGUGAGAAUGAAGCAGAGAGUUCAGAAACAAACUUCAAGAGGAAAGGAGAUAAUGGUGAGGAAUCAGAGGAAGGGAAAAAGUCUCCCAAAGCUAAAAAGUUAAGCCCUUAUGGGAAAUGGCGAGAAGUUAAGUCAGAAGAAACCACGGAUAAAGAGGAGAGUACAUCAGCUUCCCAAGAAACCACUAGUGAUGGAUCUAACAAGACCAACCCUUAUGGAAAAUGGAAAGCACUUAAGGAAGUAGGGGAAGAUCAAGAAGAAGAAGAAGCAGGUGAAAAAGUGGACCUGGAGCUUCCAAGUACAGAGAGUGACAAUGUAGCACCCCCAGUGCUAGAGGAUCCAGAAGAGGAAACAGUCAUAUUUAAAGAGAAGACAGUCACCUCCCUUGGAGACCUGACAGAAGGGGUGCCAAUGUUUAAGAAGAGGAAAUUUGAAAAUGGAAAAUCUAGAAACUUAAGACAAAGACUAAGUGAUCAGUAAUACUUAACAAAUCAUUUUAGAUUCUGUUUAAGCUAGAGUGAAUCAAAAGUAUAAUAUUUUCAACAGGCUUUUAUAAAGAUAGUGUUGGAUAGAAGUUAAGGAUUUAUAGGUAAUAAAACAUAUGUGAGUUUAAUAUUUUCUUAUUUUAUUUUGAUGUGAUUGGUUUUGGAAUGGAAGUUUGUGUUAAAUUACUUAUGCAAUAUUGUAAAUACACGUAUUCUUUAUUGUAACCAUGCCAUCCAAGUUCCAUUUGCUCUGUGUAUGCUGUUUUAAAUACAUUUCAUAAGGUUUUUUACUCCUUUUCUAAGUAUGUGAGAAUGCAGUAAUCCUUAACCUGACAAAAAUGAAGCAGAUCUUUUAUUUUCAUAGAGGAACUGAAUCAAUAGAAUAUACUAGAGAGUAAAAUCAUCCCCCAAGAUUGUUUAUGUGGCAUAGUUUCUCCACUAAUGAGUAAAAUAUUGUGCUUACUAACCUUCGUCUGAUCGCUUGCAAAAGAGUGGGUGGUGAGACUGCCAGCAUUUCAAACUGAUCCUUUAGAAGCUGUUUUUAGAAGAGUUAGUCACAUCAAUGCCACCCAUUCGAAAUGAUCUUCUGAAAAAUUACUUGUGUAUGUGCAUAGUGAAUGUAUUAAACCUCUGCAGAAGAUCUAACUCUGAUGAAUCUUAACUUGUAGUCACAGCACCAGAGCCACCCCUGUUGGAGUAGACAUUUCUGUGAUGUGUUCCUGUCUCCUGCUUUAUUGUAGUCUACUUGAAUUUGUCCUUCCUUUUACUUAUCAAGUUUUCUUCUUUAGUCUUGCUUUCUUUUAUUCUUAUUUCCUAGCAAAAAACAACUUGUCUGAUAUUUUAAUGAGAAAUACUUUAGAGACUUGGCCCUGCUACGGCAUACCAGGACCAUUUUUGAGGUGGUUGUGUUUUUUCUGCUGAUAAGAAGUGUGUGUUUUAUGAUUGCAGUGUUUGAUAAGCUGAGGGCCUAAGUGUGUUGAAGCUUCAUCAUUCUCAGUACCAUAGGGGAGGAAACCAAAAGAUCAGCAGAGCUGAUGGCUGGUAGAGUCCAAGAUGACUUGGAAAUUUUCUUAAGGAUUAUCCCACUUGGUGGGAUUGGUCUGCAUUUAGCAUCACCAGGAUUCAUUGUCUGUGUCAGAAUAUAGCUGCACUCAUUGCUUCUCGAGCCAUCAAACAGUGAACCAGAAAGGUCCAAAUAAUGAAUCUGUUAAAAACUAUGUCUCUAUUCUUAAAGCUCACAGUGUUUUGUUCAGGAGAGUCUCAGUCAAAAAAAAAAAAAAAAAAAAAGGAAAAGGAAUGCAGCUAAGGCAGUUGUCAAGAGUCCAGCCAAAUAUAUAUAUAUAUAUAUAUAUAUAUAUAUAUAUAUAUAUAUAUAUAUAUGCCAAAAUAGAGUUGGUAACUGCUGAGCUUGAAUUUCUUUGAGAAAACAACUAUUAAUCUGUUGGAUCAAUUGAGAAAGCAGUGCAGGAUAGGGAAUCUGGUUUAUUCUGUAUUACAGUGGAAGUUGAAGUUCUUUUUUCUAUUCUGUGACUUUUACUGUAUUUAGAAGAUAAUGAAUUAUUGUAUUUAAUCCCAUUUGUUUUCUUGGCUUCCUCAGGGUUGGUGUAUUUUGGUUGAUGUUUGUUCUGAUAAAUUUGAAAGUUUACUGUAAUAUCUGACCCUGGAUUAUUAUUUAGAGAUGCAGGACAGAUGCAGGAUGCUUCAAAGUCUGAGAUGCAGGAAUGUACAACAUGUACUCCCAGGAGAGGGUUUCUUAAUCAGAUUUUCUAGGGUUUGUUCUUACUUGCGCAUUACUCUGGGAGCCUGCUAUAACUUGAAGUUUUCUUCUGUUUGUGGCCAGUUUCCUCUUCCAAUUUACUCAAGUCCUGCCCUUGAGCUAAGUAGCUUUCAUUCAUCUUCAAUCCAUCACAUCUUCUCUCUUUGAAAUCACAAACAGUUUCCUUGUGUGACAGGAUCUUCAGUGUCCCACCAGUGCUUCUCUUCACCCAUUCCAGCCUGCGUCUGCCUGGACUACACUUGCCUAGAUGGAUUUCCCUGGGCUACUUCACCUCGAUUAAGGCAUGCAUGAUGCCACCAAUACUUCUCAGCAUAUUGAAAGUAACUCUUGAUACUUCCCUAAACCUCAUGUGCUUUUCACACGACCUCACACGCUGUCUGCCAUGGGCACCCUUAACAGUGACUUACCACUACAUCUGACUCUUUCUGCUCCUUUGCUUUUGCCAGCUGCUGAGUUACCAGAUGGUCAUGCUUUCCUUUCAAGCACAAUUAUUUAUUUUCUUAGACAUUUUUUGUGCUGCUGUACUCAUCCUAUUUCUGUUACUUCAAGCCUAAAGUAUAUGCAUUUCAUUAUGAUUUCUGAAAAGUUGUUCUUAUUUAUUAGUACAGUUCUAUCGAAUAGUAUAAGGCUUUCUUGUAGGCUCCACUUUUAUUAUCCUCUGAGGAGGAUAGCUUUCCUCUUUUAGUGAGGUUCCCCAAAUAUUAGCAUCUUUCCUUUAAAAUGCUUUGUCACUUUGAAGUGGUCACAGGCAGCUAUUUAAGGUACCUGUAACUAAAUCUCUUGAGCAGAUGUUUAAAGACAUCUAAAAAUGAGUGUUAAAAACUUGUUUCCUUGUGGAGCUGCUGUUAGUUGUAAUAUGAGCCAAAGGUCUUUGUAUUGUGUUAAGUAGACAAACCAGAACAUUAGGAAAAAAGAUUAAAAGUUUUCUUUGCUUACAGGUAGUAAAGUUAGUUUAAAUACCAUACAUGUGGUUUUAGCUGAUGUGACUUUUAAAGCCUGCAUUUCACAAAAAAAUAAAGCACUUUGCUCUCCACUACCUCUGAAAGUCAGAGACCAAUUAAUUUUUUGUUCUUAAGUGUAAGUUGUGAAAAGAGCCAGUUGAGUUUUGAUAUAUCCUAAACCAUUGUUUAAUUUUGCACCAUGCUGUCAUUCAGUUUCCUUACUGUGUAUCUAAACCAAAUAUUUUCUGCUCUACACAAAAAUACUGUCUUGUGUGAGAUUUAAGGCAGACGUUGCUUUUCCAGGACAUCUGUUUUGCACAGAUCUCCCUCCCUUUUGUCCUAUCUCCCUGCAAAGUCUUCUGCUUUCGGAAUUUGCUAUAGGACCCCUCUAGGUAUUGCCACCAUUAUGCUUCUCAUCUGCUAACCCUUCUUUGGGCUGUGCUGGCUUGUGUAAAAAAAAGGAAUUUUUUACUGUUUUACUGUUUUACUGUUUUACUUUUACUGUUUCAGCCGAGUAUUGUCUUUUCUGGCUGAUCUAUUUUCUAUCAGACAGUGGUUUUAUCUGCUUGACUGUUUUUAUUGCCAGCUCCUUGACUACCCCAUGAAAUAUGAUUUAUGAUUUACACCAUUUUAUAUGAUGUCAUAGACAUGGCGAGCAAUAUGAGGAGAGCCAGAGAGCAGGGGGCAGUUGCAAUUUCUGAUGAUGAUUUCUUCUGUGUGGUUUUGAGCCAGUCAAUUCACUGCUCUGUAUUUUUCUUUCUUUGCCUCUUGUUUUCAUCUACCUUGUCUGCUUAGAAAGGCAGCUUCACAGCAUAAGACUCAUGUGUGUUUUUACAGCAGGGCCUGCCUGAAGUUGGUGAUGCUUUUAGAAGCAAAUAUAUUGCAUAUACAGAAAAAAGAAAAAUUAUUUUGUUGGGCAUUUGCUAUGCCAGGAACUGUGCAAAGACUGCUCAAUUUUACCCCUGUUACAGAAUAAUCUUUGUUCCUCUUUAGGCUAAAAUACAUUUUAUUCCUUCACCUGGGGAUUUGUAGAUUGAAAUCCACACUUUCCUAAUGGGAAAGUGGGCCUUCAUAGAUAAAAUUUGACCCUCAUAGAUAAAAUUUGUGCCUGCAGCAUCAUCCAGUUCCAAUACUCAGUUUUAGAAGUGGGAGGGCUGGGGAGAUCAUGACACGGAUAUGAGUUAAAUUCACUAACUUGUGCAUGUAUAAAUUUUCUCCUUUUUCUUUUUUCUUCCCUUAAAGAAAUUUUAUUUCAGUGCAAAUUUUGGCAUCUCAGAAAGGGAGUAAAAAACUAUUUCACGCUGCUUGGUUUCUUUGAUUUGUUUUUGGAGUUGUGUCUCCCCUUUUUUAGUACUUUCCUUAUUAUUGCUGUCUUCCUUGAAUUGUCUUCCUGCAGUACUCCCAGAUAUGCAAAUCUCUAUCACCGCUGUGCCACAUUUCUCUUGUCCUCCUUCACUUCUCCCCUGCUCUGCUGAGAUUUCCAGAAAGCUUCCUGUUCUUCUGUAGCCACCGUGUGCCCAGGUCCCAGCUCCCAGGAGCGACUCUGCUGUUUGCACUGUGCCCUGAAGAACCCUGUCUGCUUUCCAACAACACACAAGCUGUUUCAAGACUUUACAUGUGCUCUUUUGAUUUCCUUGAUAAUUCAUUUUCAAUCAUUCAAGACAGAUUCCAUUCCUUGUACAGGGUUUGCAGCCCUUAGAUCCUUUUGCUUGUUGGUACAAUAGCUGUCUUUAUACCUCCUUCUAUCAGCUGUGGCAACCCUCGGGUUCUGUUUUGUCAGCCAGACCUCUUCAGUCUCUCUUCUAUCUACCUCUUAAGUGCUCCUACUUUCUACCUGCUAAAUUAUUUAACUUAGAAUUUGUGUUAACCAUUUGUGUGAUUAACAGGUUUAGCUUUGUGAAAUGUUUCAGGAUAGAACUUGAAUUAAAAUUUCCGUAUAAAUCAAAAAGUGUUGCAAAUUAUCAUCUCAAAAAGGCUAAAUUUGCCCAAAAGGAUUCCCAGAGCCAGAUUUCAGAGAUUCCUGAAGAAUUUGGGGAAUUCCCAGGAUUCAAAAGCAGAUUUGAUUUUACCUGUAAAACCAUAAAUAGCCUGUUAAAAACCAGCAGUGUUUUACAGACCAUGGACUGGAGACAGUGGAUUUUAAUGGCUUGCUUGGGGUAUUUGAAAAGCGUUUGUUUUAGUUUGUAAGUAAUGUCUGCAAAGUUAAACAGCUGGUUUCUCUUCUCAGUUGCAAUUACAAAACAUUGCAAGCUCUUGAAGUGGAAUUUAUAUGAAAAUACUGAAUAAAGCUUUCAUUUGAACAGUC